GAGUACAAAGCCGGAAGAUCACAAGGCACUUUCUAUCCAUUUUCGAGCCAAAAACAAAAAUCCAAAGCCUCCCUUUUUCUUGAAUUGUAUUUGUAUCGAUUAAACUCUUACAAUUCUAUUCACAAACCUUAAAUUUAAGCUCAAUCAGACAAACAAGGAACAUAAUUGAACAACAAUGAAUCUCUUCAAAAAGAAACCCAAUCCCAGAGAGGCUCUUCGGGAGAGUAAAAGAGAAAUGCAAAAUGCUACUAGAGGAAUUGAGAAGGAAAUUGGGGCACUGCAGUUAGAGGAAAAGAAGCUUGUUGCUGAAAUAAAAAGAACAGCUAAGACAGGAAAUGAGGCUGCAACUAAAAUUCUAGCCCGGCAACUAAUAAGGCUUAGGCAACAAAUAGCUAAUCUGCAAGGUAGUCGGGCUCAAAUAAGAGGAAUAGCAACACAUACACAGGCAAUGCAUGCUCAAACUUCAGUAGCUGUCGGUCUGAAAGGCGCUACAAAUGCAAUGUCAUCUAUGAAUAAGCAAAUGGAUCCUGUAAAGCAAGCUAAGAUUAUGAGGGAAUUUCAGCGGCAGUCAGCUCAGAUGGAUAUGACUACUGAAAUGAUGUCAGAAGCCAUAGAUGAUGCCUUGGACGAUGAUGAGGCUGAAGAGGAAACUGAUGAUUUAACAAAUCAAGUUUUGGAUGAAAUUGGUGUAGAUAUUGCAUCGCAGUUGUCAACGGCCCCAAAAGGUAAAAUUGCAGGAAAGAAUAAAGAAGACGUCAGCAGUUCGGGCAUGGAUGAGCUCGAGCAGAGAUUGGCAGCUCUAAGGAACCCUUAAAAGCACUGAAAGUUCAAUUCCUUAUCGAACUGUGCAGAGCUCCAUCCUUUGAAGCUUUCCAUACUGUAGAUAUUAUCUUAGCAGUCUUCAUUGAAAAGAUCUCCAAGGCGUAGUUCCUACCGACCGGAGAAUCAGAAAACUUGCAAUUGGCGAAAUCCUUCUGUGAAUCAAUGUGGAAGAACAACUACUUGAAUGCUCAGCCACGUCAUUUUUUUUGGGCUGUAAUUGUAACACUUAACUAACUCUAUAAUGUUUGUGUUUCUGGCUGUAUCGUCAGCAGAUGAUUUAUCUUGCCAAGCAGACUGUACAGGUUCAAGUGCUUUUGAGUAGCAGCUGCACUCUAUCUGUAUGCUAUGCUUGGCCAGGAUGGCUCUGCUCUUUUUAAUCCCAAAUAUUUUAACUCCCAA